AUGUGGUCUUCUCGCCUUUCACUGGCAAGUAUUGCCUUGUUCCUUACUCAGGGGCAAUGUUCUUGCCCUCCUCUGGAUAUCCCAGCACCUGCGAAGAAUAUCGAGGCAGUCCCCCGUGACUACCAGUCAUUUUCCAUUGAAUUCACCUAUUUCCCUGAUUAUGCGGGUAAUAAGUCGAAUCCGAAUGUGUUCUCCAAGAACCUCUUGGCCAACUUCAAAGAUAUCACGGGCGUGAACCCCAAAUUGAGGAUUGGGGGAAAUUCUCAGGACAAUUCCGAUUACUUUCCCGAGCAAAAGGAGAACAUCAAACUCAUCUUUAAGAAUCCGGGCGAUGACCAGCCGGAGAAAGCCCACUACGGUCCGUCCUAUUUCGAAUCUUACCAGACCCUGGGAGAUAUCCAGUUCAUCCAUGGCUUGAACAUGAAACAAAAUGACUCUCGUCAGCUCCGUGAUGCGGCUGUGGGAGCAUGCACUUCGCUCGGCUCCAACUUGCAUCUCUUCGAGCUGGGAAAUGAAUGGAACUUCGGUCCUGGUAUUUAUCUGGCUGCCAAUUACUCAAUCCAGGACUAUGUACAGGAAUGGAAGAGGAAGUCUGACGUUGUGCUCGCUGGUGUUCAAAAGGCUUGCCCAGGUCCCUUUCCAGGAUUUAUGGCACCUAGCUUCCUUUACUUUGCAUCUGGGCUUUUUAACCAGCAGUUUCCCUGGAAAGCAGAAGACCUCUACAAACUUGGAUACGACCCGAAGAAUUUGACCAAAGAGAUCUCAUUCCACACUUAUAUGAAUGCCUUCCUGCCACCUCUGCCUCCAGCUGCCAUGGAUCUUCAGGAAACUUUCAUGAAUCAUACCAACAUUGUUGAGAAUCUUGCUCCUCAAAUUCAGCGCGCCAAGAACCUCGCUCACCUUGGCCAUCCUUUCACCCUUGAUGAAAUGAAUUCAAUGGCUGGCCAAGGUCGCAAUGGCGUUACUGACGUUUUUGGAAUUGCCUUAUGGCUAGUGGACUUCUCGCUUUGGGCAGCUGCAAAUAACAUCAAGCGUCUCCAUUUCCACCAGGCUCUCAACUAUCGUUAUACCUCGUGGCAGCCGAUUCUAAGCAAAGGAAUUCCUCCGGCCACCAGAGCUCCUUACUACGGCCAAGUCAUGGUUGCCUCUGCUUUUGGUCGCUCAAAGAAUGCUCGAGUUGCCAAUAUCCCUCUAUCUGGAGAUAAAGAGGCUGCCUAUGGUAUUUACGAGGGGAAGAAAUUGUCUAAACUUGUUGUUCUCAAUCUCCAGACGUUUAACCAGACAGCAUUUGGGAACCGAUUGACUCGAGAAUACAAGUUCAACGUUCCUAGACACACGAAGAGGGUCAAGAUUGAGCGUCUUAUUGCUCCAGGAAGUGAUUCUACUGGCAACAUCACUUUUGGGGGCAUUUCAUACGAUUAUGGUCUUAAGAGGGGAAAGCCCACACUGGUGGAUGCAAAGGAAAAGAACCAGUUUGUCAAGGUUAAAAAUGGGGUUCUUCGAGUUGAUGUUCCUGAUUCAUCUGCUGUCCUUCUAACCCUUCUUUGA